AUGGUAGAGCAUAAGAACAACAAACUUUUAGUUGUCGUUUGUCCGUUCUCCUGUCUGUUUGUCAUAAUUGUAAUUUCAUUUACACAUACCCCCAAAAGCCCCUUAACUCACUUAAGUCGAACAAAGAAAAAUAUGAAACAAUUGCAAAUUUUGAAAAACAUUGAAGACUUGAAAUUAUUGCGCGACUUGUACAAAAAGGAAUCGUUGGCCACGCGCCAUGGCUACUACACCUUGACCAAUUUCAUAAAUUGGUUCGAGCUAAAUCCUCAUUUGGACUUUGUCAAGGUGUAUGUGGUAAGUAGCACAUGGCGUGAGAGUGGUUUUUAUAUCAUAGAGGAUCAAUAUCAACUGUUUAUCAAUUGUGUGGUAUAUAAUGAGGAGGAAAUAACAAUGGGAAUCAAUUCCAUGGAUUGGAAACGCGCCUACAAAAUCACAGCUUUGCCGGCCAUACUCAUGGACAUAGUGGAGAAAACCUUACAGGGGCUACCGGUGAAAUACAGACACACCACUCUAUGGACGUACGAGCAAGACCGAGAGGCAAUACAACUCAACACAACUCAGUGUCCCGAAGGAUUUGAAGUGCGACCCCUUAGUGUUUCUGACGCGGCAACCGUAAAUAAUUUAUGGUAUUCUCGCCAAGAUGGCUCCCUGGACUUUCUGGAAUCGGUAAUUACUUACAAUAUAAGCCUUGGUGUCUAUCGCAAGGACACCAACGAGUUGAUAGCAUGGUGCACAAGAUGCCCUUGUGGUUUUUUGGGGACUUUACAUGUUCGUGAAGAACAUCGCAGACAUGGACUAGCAUCGCUGCUUAUCAAUGAAUUCUCCCAACGCUUGGCCAAGGAGGGAGAAUGCGUGCGAGUUAUGAUCAACGAAAUGAAUCGUACCUCUAUGAAUCUUUUUACAAAAUUCGGUUUUCGUCUACACGAAAAGGUCUUUAUUUUAUUUUGUGAACCACGAAAUAUUUAACAAUUUACAAGUGUUUUUUAUUUCUCAUUCAUUGUCAUUGUCAUUGCCGUCACUGUCAUCGUCAUUCAGUAUGUCAUUCAUUGUCAUUGUCAUCAACUAUAAAUAAGUUUCACAUAUUAAAUGUUAAAUAAAGAAUUCAGAUGAUUGAUGUA